UCAUAACAAACAAUUAUCAGCCUCGGCAAAGUGAAAGAGAUAGAGAAACGGAAAGAUGCAGAUUUUCGUCAAAACCCUAACCGGGAAGACCAUUACUCUCGAGGUUGAGAGCAGUGACACCAUUGACAAUGUCAAGGCUAAAAUUCAAGACAAGGAAGGUAUUCCACCGGAUCAGCAGCGAUUGAUCUUUGCCGGAAAGCAACUUGAAGAUGGCCGAACUCUUGCUGACUAUAACAUCCAGAAAGAAUCAACUCUUCAUUUGGUGUUGAGGCUAAGAGGAGGAAUCAUUGAGCCCUCAUUGAUGGCUUUGGCUAGGAAAUACAACCAAGACAAGACCAUUUGCCGCAAGUGCUAUGCACGUUUGCACCCUAGGGCAGUAAACUGCAGGAAGAAGAAGUGUGGCCACAGCAACCAGUUGAGGCCAAAGAAGAAGAUCAAGUAGGCGCUAGCCCAGUUGUUCUAUGUGUUUGGUUUGGAAGUUUCUGCAUCAUUUCUAGUUAUUCUGUUUCUAAACUAUUGUAAGAAGUAAAACCAAAGGCUUUGUUGCUUAGUGGAGUGGUUUUAAUACUUUAGAUUUCUAAAGACAUUUUAGUGUGGUGUAAUCUGGAUGUGCAUUCGCAUUUUUGGUCAUGGAUUUUUAUUAUUGUUAUGUUUGCUAUCUGUUUACUACAUUCAGAAUUAAAUGGUUCUCUUUUGCCAGA